GGACAGAAAACGGAGACAUGGCUGCCAUCCAAUGUUCAUUAAGAGAGGACCACACCGAUGAAUUUGCGGGACCUCUCAGCCACAUGUAUGGCACUUCAACUGCCAAUCAAAGGAUUGAAAGCUGGUGGUCCAUUUUCAGGAAACAGAGGACACAGUUCUGGAUGGAUCUAUUUAGUGACCUGAGAGACAGACACUACUUCAACGGCACCCAUGAACACAAGUGCCUUGUACGGUAUGUCUUCCUGGGCAUUUUUCAGAAAGAGCUUGAUGAGCACCGAGAGCUUUGGAACAACCACACCAUCAGGCCUGUCCGUCAGUCCCUCUCUCAUCUGGAAAACCGGAGACCAUGUACCACCUGCCUCACAGGUUUGGUGGAAGGGAUUGUGGAUUCCAAGUGGAUCCCCAAGUGUUACAGGAGUUCAAAGACCUUCUGCCACCUACAAACAGUUUGUGUGGAGAUGAUAAUCUCCAAGCAUAUUUUGCCAACUUGGAGAGACAGAGCCAGCUCGUUCCACCCAUCAACUGGCCAGCUGCUGUUGACAAUUACCUUACACUUAAGGAGAUGGCUGGACUUUAGAAUUGCCUUGUUGGAUGGUGUGCUCGCUUUGAACUGGGACGCCCCACCUGAUGGACCCUGCCUGGAGACACCUCCUCAUGCUUGA